UGCAUACAAGAGGGGCGUGUGCGAGAUCCAGACUCUGAUUCAUACUAGUGAUAGUCCUUGCCAGUAUUGAACAGAAAACCUGCCUCUAAUCUUUCCACUCCAAGUCUGAUAUCACGGCGGGAGGUAGAAUACAUAGUACUAAACGACGGAGUCUACCUCAGCCAACAGCUCUAUCCUGUUCAAGAUGGCACAGUGGAAGUCUCUCAUGCUGGGUUUGGCCGGCCUCCUGAGCCAAGUUGGCCGGGUCUCCAGCCAGGAUGAUUCGGGUCUAUUUGAUCCCGCGACGGCGAACAUCCCGCCCAUGCUCCGAUUCCAAUGCUCGCAACUCGUCGUUGAGCGGCUGGAUCCCCUCGUCAACCCAGGCCUGGUGCCGUCUCCUCACGUCCACCAGAUCGUCGGCGGCAAUUCCUUCAACGCGUCCAUGGACCCCAAGACGCACGACCUGGUCGCCCAGUCGAGCUGCACCUCAUGCACCUUCACCGAGGACUUCUCCAACUACUGGACGGCGGUGCUGUACUUCCGCGCACGCAACGGCACGUACAAGCGGGUGGCGCAGAAGCCCAACGAGGGCCUGCGAGGCGACGGCGGCAUCACCGUCUACUACAUCCCGCCGCUGGGCAAGGCUCAGACGACCGCUUUCCGGCCGGGGUUCCGCAUGCUUGUCGGCGACGCGGGUCUCCGGGGACCCGUGCAAAAGGGGAAAUAUGACCCAAAAAUCUGCCACCGCUGCAUGCCCAAGUCCGGAGACCUCAGAAACCUCAACUGCGCCGCCCCGGACAGCAUCACGCUGCCCACAAAGUUCUGCGCAGGUGGUAUCAGGAGCGUCAUCACUUUCCCCACCUGCUGGGACGGGGUCAACUUGGACAGCGUGGACCACAAGAGCCAUGUUGCGUACCCGGUUGAGGGCUCGGCGGACCCCUUUGAUUUUGACGGGGGCGUCUGUCCCGAGAGCCAUCCUGUCAAGAUCCCGCAGGUUAUGUAUGAGGUCAUCUGGGAUACGACACCAUUCAAUGAUCCAGACCUGUGGCCUGAGGAUAAGACGCAGCAGCCAUUUGUCUGGAGUACCGGCGACGAGAACGGAUAUUCCCAGCACGGAGAUUAUGUCUUCGGGUGGAAGGGCGAUGCCCUGCAGCGCGCCAUGGAUAAACGCUGCUUCGGCGACGUCUGCGAGAGUUUGGAGACGCAGACACCCGAGGAAGCUGCUAAGUGCACCAAGAGCCAAACUGCUGCUGAGGAUGUUGAUGGAUGGCUUAAGGAGCUUCCUGGCAUGGUGGGGAUGAAGAAAUAAUGAACAAGAUGAAUACGGUUGUGUAUUUGAACUUGAAAUGAGGGGUUAAGAUCGAGACAUCGGCCUGGAGCACACCACGACUGAGUUGACGGAUUUUGAAGCUUCUCUUGCAAUUGCAGCGUGACCGUUCGCUGCCAGACGAGGUGGGCCGAAAGGAAACUGUGUGCUGCAGUGCUGCCGCACUGCAGCCACUGCCAGGUAAACGCUCGCAAGGAACCCGGAAAAUGUGGAGUACAUUUGCAAACCGAAGGUUCUGUUAAGAGGGGUAGUCGAGAGUAGGGAUGGCGGUUUUUUACUGACAAC